AGGCCCUCUAAACAGUGCUGCUGGUCUGGUGUGGGUGGCAUGCGGCGCAGAGAUAGCAGCAGCACUCUCUGUCAUCCCUACAGCCCCUCUAAACGGUGCUGCUGGUCUGGUGUGGGUGGCAUGCGGCGCAGAGAUAGCAGCAGCACUCUCUGUCAUCCCCACAGCCCCUCUAAACGGUGCUGCUAGUCUGGUGUGGGUGGCAUGCGGCGCAGAGAUAGCAGCAGCACUCUCUGUCAUCCCCACAGCCCCUCUAAACGGUGCUGCUGGUCUGGUGUGGGUGGCAUGCGGCGCAGAGAUAGCAGCAGCACUCUCUGUCAUCCCCAUAGCCCCUCUAAACGGUGCUGCUGGUCUGGUGUGGGUGGCAUGCGGCGCAGAGAUAGCAGCAGCACUCUCUGUCAUCCCCACGUGGCAUGCGGCGCAGAGAUUGCAGCAGCACUCUCUGUCAUCCCCACGUGCCCAAUCCCUUCUUUCCGCUUGCUCCUCCCCCCCCCUCUCUAUCCCACCCCUCUCCCUCCUCUUCCAGAGCCCCUCUAAACGGUGCUGCUGGUCUGGUGUGGGUGGCAUGCGGCGCAGAGAUUGCAGCAGUACUCUCUGUCAUCCCCACGUGCCCAAUCCCUUCUUUCCGCUUGCUCCUCCCCCCCCCUCUCUAUCCCACCCCUCUCCCUCCUCUUCCAGAGCCCCUCUAAACGGUGCUGCUGGUCUGGUGUGGGUGGCAUGCGGCGCAGAGAUUGCAGCAGCACUCUCUGUCAUCCCCACGUGCCCAAUCCCUUCUUUCCGCUUGCUCCUCCCCCCCCUCUCUAUCCCACCCCUCUCCCUCCUCUUCCAGAGCCCCUCUAAACGAGCCCCUCUAAAUGGUGCUUCUGGUCGCGUGUGUGGCAUGCGGCGCCAGCGUGUAGCGGGCCGGGCUGCAGCGGGGCCAUCCGUUGGUUCUUCUCCCACACUCCCCUUCUCCCGCCCCCCGUUUAACUCCCGCCCUCCUCUUCUCUCCCGCCACCCCCUUCUCUCCCGCCAUCCCUUCCUCUACCGCCCUCCCCUUCUCUCCCGCCCUCCCCUUCUCUCCCGCCCUCCCCCUAUCUCCCGCCCACCCCUACUCUCCCGCCCUCUCGCCAUUCAUUCCCCCCCGCCCUCGAUGAGGGAAACAGCGGGUCAGCUCGUGGGGAAACAACAGAGACGGGCUCCCGUUUGCCAACGGCCGGGCCUAUCAAAGGUUAAGAGGACUGACUGGAACGUCUCCAACUCCCACCGGAAGAACAAUGAAUGGAUGGGGGGUUUGCACCGUAAUGUGCGGUGGAUUAUCAAGGACCACUUCACACGCCACACCCCCGUGUACAACACAGACGUGAAGGGCUUCAAGUGGGGCGACCGUGGGCUGUAUGUUCACGAGUCAGGAUUUGAGGCCUUCCGGGGGAAGGCUGAGCUUGAUGCCGAAACGAAGGACCUGAAGGAGGAAGAAAAGGAGGUGUACGACUCGGAGGACAUGGAGGAGGAUAAGGAGGAGGAGGAUGAGGAGGAGGAGGAGGAGGAGGAGGAGGAGGAGGAGGAUGACGAGGAGGAGGACGAGGAGGAGGAGGAGGAGGAGGAGGACGAGGAACAGGGGGAUGCAGAUGAGGCAUGCGUGGAGUUUACAAAAGGGGACAGCAGGAGAGGCAUCACAUACGUGCGAGGAGAGGCAUUGGUGGAGACAGCAAGGGGGGCAUCAGGGAAGGCACGUGUGGAUAGAGAAAGGGGGACAGCAUUACGGAGGGGAGUGGUGCAAGGGCCGCAGCAGUAUAGGCAUGACCGGAUAGGACAAAGCAAGCAGCAGUAA